AUGCGUAACAACUUUAAAAUCAAAAAGUCUAUUUCCUUUACUUUUAUUCCAUUUUCUUUCUCUUACUUAAUUUUUAUUUCUUUUAAUUUUUUCCUUCUCUUACAUUUUUUCAUUUUCCUUUUCCUGCAUUUUCUUUCUUCUCUCUUUUUUCAAUUUUGCUCUUUCUUUCUCUUAUUCUUCUUUUCCUUCCUUUUUUCAUCUUGUUCUGUCUCUUAUUCUUAUUUUUUUCUUUCCUUUUUCCACCUUGCUCUUUCUUUCUAUUAUUCUUCCUCUCCUUGCUUUUUACCAUCUUUUUCUUCCUUUUUCCAUCUUGCUCUUUCUUUCUCUUAUUCUUCUUUUCCUUCUUUUUUUCAUCCUGUUCUGUCUCUUAUUCUUAUUUUUUUCUUUCCUUUUUCCACCUUGCUCUUUCUUUCUAUUAUUCUUCCUCUCCUUGCUUUUUACCAUCUUGCUCUUUUUUCACUUAUUCUUUUUCUUCCUUUUUCCAUCUUGCUCUUUCUUUCUCUUAUUUCUUCUUUUCCUUUCUUUUUCCAUCUUCUGCUUUCUUUUCUCUUUUGUUCCAUUUUGCUCUUUCUUUUGUCUUCUCCUUCCUUUUCUUCCUCCAUUUUACAUCUUGCCUUCUUCCUCCUCCUUUAUCAUUUUGUUUCUUUCUUUCUACUUUUCCUGCUUUCUUCAUUCUUUUCUGCUUUUUCUCUUUCCUUUUUCCAUCUUGCUCUCUGCACUUUCUAUCCUUAUGCCUUCUAA